UAGCCAUAACGAGAAACAACCAAUUGGAAUAUAUCAUUGUUAAAUAAAAUACAUAAAAUGGCUCACAAAUCCUGCUGCCUGCUGUUCCUAGCGCUCUUAGCCUUCGCUGCAGCUCAGUACUAUACGCCCUACAAUCCAUACAAUACGCCCAGCCCAACGUUCUCUAGUCUCACUGGCUAUUACUAUUCGACAGCAACGCCUUACUAUUAUCCCACGCCGAGCAACUAUAACAACGAUAUUAGUAUACGCAUUUGGCCCUAUGUUAUCGGUCAAUAUCUGUAUCCUACUUACUACAACAACAACUACUACAAUCCCUAUGCCUCGCUCAAUACGCCCAACUGGCAGGCAUACUAUGCGAAUGCCUAUCGAAGUAACUUUGGUAAAAAGUAAUUA